AUGGAGGCCGGUACUGGAAAUGCAUCUUUAACACUUCAUCUAGCUCGAUAUUUAUAUCCAACUGGUCAGCUGCAUUCAAUCGACGUGGACCCCAUAGCCAGUGCUAAGGCUAAAGAAACUGUUGCAAAUUUUUCUCGUGGCAUUUAUUCCGACGUCGUAAAAUUUAGUGCGGGAAUGUGUUCAAAAGUAUUAAAGGACGAUCCUCAUUUGUACGACGGUAUAGUAUUAGAUAUUCCUGAACCAUCGAGCGAACUAUCUGCAGCCAUAUCGAAAUUGAGAAUAGACAGAUUUAUUAUUUGUUAUUUGCCGAAUAUGAACCAAGUGUUGUCGCUGUUUCAGUUCAUCAGAGCUCAAAAAUUGCCACUGGAAUUAAGUAAAGUUUUGGAGGUACAGUGGAGACCUUGGGAUGUUAAAGCAACAGUUAUAAGAAGUAAAAUGGGUUCUGAACCUUUCUCAGUAAAACAACUAGUAAAUAAGGACGAGAUACCAGAUGAAGCUAUAGGUUAUAUUUGUCGACCUUCACAUGAACCUACAGCGCAUACUGCUUUUUUGAUGUGUUUAGAAAAAACUGAUCGAAAUUUCCAUGUGGAUAUACAAGACACUUCACAAUAG